UGGUAGUUAUGUCACUGUCAGAGAGUUUUCACCUCUCUACUGAACCUGUAAAAGUGAAACAAGGCUCAGCCUUCCUAAAUCCAAAGGCACGCAGCAGACUCCAUAGGCUCCACGGACGGAAGUGCACGGCACAUAAAGAUGCUGCCCACUACGCCGUUUCACUUUGAAAAGCGAAUUUUGAGCUCUUUUUAUGGGAGGCCUUGGGAAUGAAAGAAAUGGCAUUUGAUUAGACUUGAGUGGAAUAGCAAAUGGAUGCUGAAAAUUAUUGUUUUAUUGAUGAUUUGGGUGGAAGAACUGUGCAGAUAAAUAGGCAUUAGCUGCAGAAAGCCAGGAUGUAACUGUAGAAGAAUAUAGAAUUAGCUCGCACCUGCAGACUGCUAGAUGCAACAUAAGUUAGCAGCACUGCCUACCUUGUCUCUUCCUAAACUCCAUAUAUAGGACAAAACCUGACAGCAACUUCCUCCUCCAUGGUGCUCUGUACUUGCCUUCAACUGAUUCCUCUGACAGGAGAAGAGUCCAUGUCAUUGAGCCCCAUCCUAGCAUCAAACAAGAAUCUCAGAUUCUCAGUCUACAGGAUCCCUCUCUGACAUCCUCUUAAGCGUGUGUACGUGCUAACAUUCAUCUAACACUCCUCUGACAUCCUUCUUGCUUUGCUGGUUGCUACUGUAAAGCUAUAACCAUUUGACUGAGACAAACCUAACAUGUAGUUUGUACAUGCAAAUUCAGUUAUUUAAAUCAGCGAUUCAGCACCAACCUUCGAUUCUUGACAGGCGAUGGAGCAAUGCACUGACCACAAUGCGCAGCUUCCGAGGCUGGAGGGCAUCGAGGAAGAAGGCAGCCCGGCCGACAAGUGGGCUCCGACGUCGGUCCGAGCACCUGAGACCCCGACGGAGACGAUGGAGUUCCUAGCAAGGUCCUGGAGCCUGUCAGCAGCGGAGAUCUCCAAGGCCCUCAAGGUUCUCAGCUGCGGCAAGGCCGCUUCCGAUUCUCCUGCCGCCGUCGCUACGACGGAGCAGAGGCCAACACCACCACUUGACAGCGAUCACCGCCGUCAGAGAGCAGACGCGGCGGCGCAGGCCGGUGAAGCCGGCGGCGCGAUGAGCCCGCCCGUCUCUCCCAGGGCCAACCUGGACGUCAAGGUGCAGCUGCUUCGUGGCGCCGCGGGGAGGGGGAAGACGGUGGGCGCGUGGAUCAAGGAGCAGCGGGAGAAGAAGCGCGCCGAGGCCCGGUCCCGCAACGCGCAGGCGUACGCGGCGACGUCCGUGGCUGGGGUGGCCGCGGCGGUCGCGGCGCUGGUGGCCGGCGCGGUCUUCUCGUCGCCCCCGCCGGAGCAGCGGCCAAAGAAUGGGGGCGCCACCAAGACCGCGGCGGCCGUGGCGUCCGCGGCCGCGCUGGUGGCGUCGCACUGCGUGGAGAUGGCGCAGGCGAUCGGCGCCAGCCACGACCAGAUCCUGGCCGCCAUCCACUCGGCCGUGAACGCGCAGACCAGCGGCGACGUCAUGGCGCUCACCGCCGGCGCGGCAACGGCUUUACGCGGGGCUGCGAUGCUGCGGGCGAGGCUCCACAAGGAGAUCCAGGCGACGGCUUUGCCCGGCGACGGCAAGGAGCCGGAGAGAGACAUCUCGCCGCUGGUCUUCGUGUCCAGGGGCGGCGAGCUUCUCAAACGCACCAGGCAGGGCAUCCUCCACUGGAAGCUUGUCACCGUGUACAUCAACUCCAGCUUCCAGGUGAUUCUCAAGAUGCAGAGUGCGCAUAUGGCUGGCACAUUCAUCAAAACAAAGAAGUGUGUGGUCCUCGAUGUUUGCUCUGAGAUACCGGCAUGGGCAGGCAGGGAGCUCGAGGAUGGAAGCCAUAAGAGAGGAUACUUCGGGAUCAGGACGGUGGAAAGGGUGAUCGAGUUCGAGUGCAGGAACAAGUAUGAUCAGCACAAGUGGGUUCAGGGCAUCACGGAGAUUCUAGUCCGCCGUGAUAGCAUGAACAACGCCUUGUAAAUAUCCAUCGACAAUGCAAGGCACCAUCGUGGGGUUGUGAGAACUGAGAACCGUUUGUGUUGUAAAUUUGGCUGCUAAUUGCAGAAAUUGGAACUUCAAUUUAGUCUGACAAAGCCAAGAAA